AUGUCUUUCUCUCUCUCUCUCACUCUUUCUCCUACACCCUUUUUCUGUCUCUCUUUUUUUCUACCACUGUCUUUCAAUCUUUUUCUCUCUCUCCCUCUCUCUUUCUCUCUUUCACUCUGUCUCUCUUUUGUCUCUUACUCUUUCUCAACCUCUCUCUCUCUCAUUCUCUCGCUCUUUCUCUCUCUCACUCCUUCUCUACCACACCCUUUCUCUGAUUCUCUUUUUCUCUGUCUCUCUCUUUCAAUCUUUCUCUCUCACUCUUUCUCUCUCUCUCUUUCACUCUGUCUCUGUCUCACUGUUUAUCUCUCUUCCUAUUUCACUCUUUCUGUCUCUUACUCUUUCUCUCUCACUCUCUCUCUUUCACUCUGUCUCUCUCUCACUCUUUAUCUCUCUUCCUAUUUCACUCUUUUUGUCUCUUACUCUUUCUCAACCUCUCUCUCUCUCAUUCUCUCGCUCUUUCUCUCUCUCCUUCUCUCCCACACCCUUUCUCUGAUUCUCUUUUUCUCUGUCUCUCUCUUUCAAUCUUUCUCUCUCACUCUUGCUCUCUAUCUCUUUAACUCUGUCUCUCUCUCACUUGUUAUCUCUCUUCCUAUUUCACUCUUUUUGUCUCUCACUCUUUCUCAACCUCUCUCUCUUUCUCAACCUCUCUCUCUCUCUCUCUCUCUCUCAUUCUCUUGCUCUUUCUCUCUCUCACUACUUCUCUCCCACACCCUUUCUCUGAUUCUCUUUUUCUCUGGUUCUCUCUUUCAAUCUUUCUCUCUCACUCUUUCUCUCUCUCUCUCUCUCACUCUUUAUCUCUCUCAUCAUCCCCGUCAUCAUCAUUCCUAUGACCGAGUGUGA